GUGGACGGGUGUGAUGGGGUGAGCCCCGUGUGAGGUGGGCUGUGUUUGCUGAGCUCAGCCGGGGCGCGGGGAGGGGGCUCCGUGCGUGUGAUCGUGCAGCUGUGCGCGCGUGUGCGAUCCUGCGAGCAUCCCCUGCUGCCGGCUGUCCCUGAGUCCCGGGAGCAGGACUCGCUCCUCUGGGCCUGACCUGGGGUCCUGGAGGCUACAGAGCUGCCCACUCCUCAGGGGGACGCCGCCGAGGGGCGCCAUGGAGACCCCGGCCCCGAAGCACGAGGAGACAGCUGUUCCUGGAGAAGAGGAUACAGCCAAGGCACAGGAAACAGUGACAUUCCAUGAUGUAGCUGUGGAAUUUACCCAGGAGGAGUGGGAACAGCUGGGCACUGCUCAGAGGAUGCUGUACCGAGAAGUGAUGCUGGAGAACUACAGGAGCCUGUCCUCCCUGGGGUGCCACGAUCCCAAGCCCAAGGUGAUUUCCCAGUUGGAGCAAGGCAGAUCACCCUGGAUAGUGUGGAGGACAAUCCCUAGGGGCCUCUCUGCAGAUCGAGAGACCAGAUCUGGGACUAAAGAGUCAAAUCUUAAGAAAGUAAUUUCUAAAGAAUGUUCCCAAGGAAUGAUAAUCAACAAAGUGUCGCGCCUGCACCACACCCAGCCAGCAACCAGUCUGUAA